AUGUGCUAUCAAAACUGCACCAAGUACGAGUGUCCCAGCUGUGGAGUAGAACCAGUUGCAGACCAGCGCAGCUACAUUCUUUGUCUGCGCAACUCGGGAUGUCGCUGGCUUUAUUCGGCACCAGAAACCCUGCCUCGCCAGGUUACUUUUGAACCUGGCCCAUUGUGCAGCUCAUGUCGACAGGCACAUGAAAGACAACGCCACAGUGCCAGAAACACGGCGCAGAAUAGUGGUUGUUCACAGCCGGGCGUUCGUCAGCGACGACAGUCAUUAUCUCAUCAACAGCAACAAUCGUACACUCACCAAGCGCAACAUGAACAUACUCAACAACGACAACAGCCACAUACUUACCAACGACCACGUUCAUACAGCCGCCACCGACCACAGUCGUAUGGUCAAUCUCCAUCACGGGAUACAAGAUCAUAUCCCAGACAUGAAGACUAUUUGUCUCAACAAGAUCACUAUUUGACGCGAAGAUCAGAGCAGCGGCAGCGGCAGCGGCAAUCAGAGCCGGAGUGGACAGAGGAUCCAUACUUACCGGAACCUCAAGUCGAUGGUGUUAACUACGAGAACUGGUAUCGCGAUCAUGGUACUGAGGUUACACAAGUCUCGCCUCAAGAGCCUGGGCGAUACUCUCCUCACGAGCAUAGGCGAUACUAUGCUCAAGAGCCUAUGCGGUAUUCUCCUCAGCGGGCAUAUCGCACUCGCCCAUCAUCACCUCCGCCACUAAGACGGCGCCAUACGACCUCCGGCCGUGGAACAGCUGGACCAAGGCGGCGAUAUGACUAUGAAAGUCGUUACCGAGCACCAAAUAAUCGCGCCGAAGCCACCCCUGUUCCUAUGUCUCGCCAUGCGGAUCGAGGAGGCGAGUUCAGUGAUGAUUCCCCUGGCGAAUAUUUCAGCGACGACGAUUUUGGGGAGUAUCGCAACGAGUACUGGAUCCUCGAUGCCAGAUCCAGAAGGUACCGAUGA